AUGGCAAGCUUUCUUAACAGGAAGAAGAUUUUUGGAGAUUACAUCGAGAUAGAUCAGUUAGGGAAAGGAACAUUUGGACAAGUUUUUCUGGUAAAGAAGAAAGACGACACAGGGGAGACUGAUUCACGAACACAGAAGUUUGCUCUAAAGAAGAUUCCGUUUCCGGAAGCAAAUCGCAAGCGAGAAGAGGAACUUGUCCAACGCGAGGAGGACAUCCUCAAAACCGUGAAACACCGUCAUUUGGUGGGAUAUGUUGACUCUUUCCGGGAUAAAAACACUGUGUACAUGAUUAUGGAGUACUGCGAUGGUGGCACCUUGCAUGCGUUUAUCCGUAAACUUACCAACGGAAUGCCGGAAGAUAUGUUCUUGUGUUUUGUAGAACAAAUAGCACACGGAAUAAAGUAUCUUCAUCAAAAGAAAAUCAUGCAUCGAGAUAUUAAAACCAAAAACAUUCUGCUGUCGAGUGGAAACAUUCUCAAGAUAUGUGACUUUGGUAUUGCAAAAUUCACGGAAUACACUGGAUCAGCUGUAAAUUCGACUUGGAUGGGUACCCCACGUUAUAUGAGUCCGGAAAUAGUGCAGAGAAAACCAUACGAGUUUAAGACAGACAUAUGGAGUCUUGGAUGCACAGCAUACGAGAUGGCAAUGUCAGAAUAUGCGUUUUCAGCAGAAAACCUCAAUAACAUAUUCCAGGACAUCAGAGAAAAUAAGGUUCCUGAUAUGUCCGGACUUACGUACUGUGAGGGUAUUAAGACACUGAUAAAACAGAUGUUGGAGAUUUCACAAGUCAAGAGACCAAGUGCUAAUGAAGUUCUGAAUAUUAUUUCCGAACACGAGUGUUCAACAUCGACAACUUCCAAGACAAAGGCAGAAAGAGUGAAAAGUGAGGGAUCAACUCCUGAUAGCUCAUAUGGUAACAUUGGUACAACCGAAGAUUCUGGAUUAGGUGUCAGUUCAAAAGUUAAAUGUUCAUGUAAUAAAGCGAAGAAAUAUUUAGAACGUGCCUCCACAGUAUUCCAAACUAUGCUGGUUGAAAUCAUCCAGUCUCGACAAGGUGUAGACAUCGUGAAGGAUGUAAAGUCGGUGCGUUCUUUAGAGGACGCAGAGCAAAUUUUGAAGAAGAAAGGAAACAGUCGCGUUAAGAAGAAACUUAAUGACAUUAUGCAGAUUGUUGAGUCACUUUACAACGUUGAGAAAGAAAUUCAGCGACUUGACGAUAUGGAUUCUACAUUUUCUUCCAUAGACUUUCAAACCUUCUCAACAUGUUCGUCAACAGCCUCGCGGACUCGAACUAGGUACAGUACUGAGUGA